CCCGCUCGCCCACCGCUGACGGACGGGAGGGCGGAGCGCGGCGGGCCGCAACAUGGCGGCCGCCGCCAUGGCGCUGGGUGGCGCGCGGACCUGCAGCCGCCUGGCGCGGGCAGCCGCUGCGCGCGGCGGGCUCCUCCUGCGGCCGCGGCUCGGCGGCGGCGGCGGCGGCGGCAGGGCGGCGGCGGCGGCGGCCGGGAGCCGGCCGGCGCCCGGAGGGGAAGUGCAGUACUGCGCCGAGCUGCUGCGAAAGCGUGACUAUGAAGGAUUUCUGUGUUCUCUGCUCUUGCCUGCAGAAUCCCGAACUUCUGCUUUUGCUUUGAGAGCUUUCAAUGUGGAACUGGCUCAGAUUAAAGACUCCAUAACUCAGAAGGGUACAGGUCUGAUGCGAGUGCAGUUCUGGAGGAAUGCUGUGGAAGAUAUAUACUGUGAUAAGCCGCCACAUCAGCCUGUUGCUAUAGAACUGUGGAAGGCUGUCAAGAGACAUAAUCUAACUAAAAUGUGGAUCAUGAAGAUUAUCGAUGAAAGAGAGAAAAAUUUGGAUGAUAGAGCAUACAGUAACAUCCAGGAACUUGAAACAUAUGCUGAGAACACUCAGAGUGCUCUCUUGUACCUCACCUUGGAGAUGCUUGGUGUGAGGGACAUCCACGCAGACCAUGCAGCCAGUCACAUUGGGAAAGCGCAAGGCAUAGUCACCUGCUUAAGAGCAACUCCAUAUCACAUUACAAGACGAAAGGUCUUUCUUCCCAUGGAUAUUUGUAUGUUGCAUGGAGUUUCACAAGAGGAUUUCAUAAGAUGCAAGCAAGAGAAAAAUGUGAGAGAUGUAAUUUACGAUAUUGCCAGCCAGGCACAUAUUCAUCUAGAACAUGCUAGAUCUUUAAGUAAGAAAGUUCCUGUGAAGGCGUAUCCUGCUUUUUUCUGUACGGUUGCUUUAGAGGAUUAUUUAUGCAAUAUACGGAAAGUGGACUUCAAUAUAUUUCAUCCGAGCUUACAGAAGAAGAGUACAUUAUUACCAUUGUAUUUGUAUAUUAGAUCUUGGAAAAAAACAUAUUAGAAUAUUCUUAAUAUGAGGUUCAAAUUGCUGAUUUUUUUUUAUUUAAUGUCUUAACUUGAUAGAAUUGUGAAGUAUCUAACUUCAUGCUUCUCCAAACUGCUGUCCAUGGGAAACAGCAGAUGUGCAUGAACUGUAGCUGUCAGCUUGCUGACAGUAAAGUUUACUCUUGGUGUGUUAGGCUGAUAUCUCUGCUUCACAUGUCUGCCAAGUCAUAUAUCCUCUUCUGAGAUUACUUUUCCUGUCUCUCCUGUAAUAACAGCAAUGUGAUAGAAGUUUUCCUGGACAAGUUCUAUACCAGUCGAUACUUACUCUUGAUGGUUUCCACUAUCCUGACAAAAAUGAACGCUUUGUACCCGCACAAAAGCAGUCACAGUCAAUACCCUGCAAAUCAGCUAAGCAGUUGUUUAGUGCAAGGUGCAAACUUCUUCCAAGUACUAAUGAUGUUUCAUAGUUGAAAGAAUGAUUGCAUAUAUUUGGAUAUAACAAAAUUCUGUCAGGAAAAGCUUCAGAAGUCUUCAUUAUCUAGUGUUUAUGUAAUACUCCAAAAUGGUGAAAGAGAUCUGUGGUAUAGAAAUUAUUUAACUGAGUGUUGAGAUCAGGCUUUGAAGUGACUCUAUGUGAUGGGAGGAUAGCUUUACAAACAAGGUCGGAGAGAGUCCUUCUAUGAGUUUUUAUCUCCAACACAGCUGCAACAAAUUUCCGCUCUGCUCUUAGCUUGGCAUCAUCUUUCUUCUGCCCUGAGAGACAUCUCAUCUCUGUACUCUUGCCCACAACUGUCUUUGCAGUAUGGGUUCAGCUGCACCUAUGUUGAUUUUUCUCCAUGUCUCUCAGGAUACCCUCCUGUAUGGCUUCCCUGAAUUUUUUUUCUUCAGUACUUUAAAAAAAAUCUAUUUCUGAAUGUACCAGGUCACUUUAGUCUUCUGUCUCUGCAAAGACAUGGCUAUUUUUUGGUUGGAAAUUACUGGGAGCUUUGUACUUGGCAUCCCUUGGGAUGAAUGAGGUUUGAAUGUGAAAUAUUUCUGAUUGUGUUAUUUGGUAAAAGAAUGCUUCCUAACAUCCAACUUGAUUCCACUGCACAAAUCCAGUAGUUUCCUCUGCCAUCAUCCUUUUUCUAUUAAAUAGCUUUUUCUUCCCAGACCUUUUUUAAUCAGAGUUAAUCUUCUCAGAUGCUUGAUUGUAUGACAGCAUCCUGUAUUUUAUUGUACAGUGCUACAUGAUGAAUUUCCGAGAACAAGAUUUGUGGCCUUUUUAAUCACUGAAUCUCUCAGGACUGAGGAAAUCUUAGGAACCCAAUAUUAAAUACUUAAUUCAGUGAGUUAGCUUUACAUGUUUGAAGUUGGUUUGGCAAUACAGAUCUUAGUUAAUUCUUCAGUUUUCCAGUCACAAGUAAGGCAUUUUUCUUUGUGUAGCUCAGGAUCUUGGAUUCUGUAUUAUUAGAGGUGUGAUAAUUGAGGUUGAUAAGAAACUAGAAAAAUGGGUGCAUAAUACUGCUGUGUAGGAGUGCACUGGAUAUUUUCUAGAAGUAAAAUCUUGCAGGCUAGAUCCAUUUCUCAAGGCAGCUGCUAUAUCUCAUCACUGGUGUUCUUGAAACUGGCAGAGAGGUCUGGAGGAAAGAAAAUAUUUCCUUCCUAUACAGGCACCACAGCUCCUCCUGCCAAAGUAAGAGCAAAGGCUUAAGCUCUGUUGCUACUACCAGGCCAGCUGCACUUUCCCUCUGUUUAUUUCAUGUUCUGGAGAAGGCAUUACAAUGUCUCUUUCUGCAGUUGUCCCAGCCUUGCUCCUAGCAUGCUGAGUCAGGACAAUAGAGGCAGCCCUGGCUUUCCUUCUAAAAGGAAUGACUCUUGUAAAGUCAACUUUUGGCAGGAGCUUAGUACAGUAAAAUGGAGAAGGAAGAAAAGAAGGAAAACCAUGCAGUAUAACCAGGCCACGGAGUUGCUACAAUGAUACCUUGCUUCCAGCCCUGGCCACAAGGCCAAAGCUUUGCUGCGGUGUUGAAGUGGAGUAGAUCUUGGCAAGGUGCUUACAAAGGAAUCAAUGGAAGGGCUGAUCUUUUCUAAGGUAGAAAAGAAACCAUGUGAUGUUGUGAAGGGUUAGCAGGGUGAGAGGAACUUACCAGUGAAUUAGUAAACAGGAUAUGGAAUAAAUAAAUUCAGGUUAUGACUUUGGCCACAAGAGAGUUUAGAGUGACCUCAGAAAGUAAAGCCGUACUUUGAAUUGCAAAUGACAGGAGGCUGUUUGAAUAAGCAGUGUAUGUGGCCUUUGUAUCCUCCUUCCACGGUCAUGCCUGAUCCUGCCCUUAGGAAGCACUGUGAAUGGGGCUAGAGAAUAUGUUUUGCUUAAAUACCUUUCAAACAAGGUACGAUCUUCGUUUGUCUGCUUUGCGUAGUGUUACCCCUUUUAUGGUACUUAGUGCCAUAUAAAAAACUCAGUUCAUCAGUUUUGAUAACAUAAUCCCACAUCCUAUAAAAAUUCAUGCGAUUUCUGGUUUUGUGUUGGAUCUGACAGACUAUUUUCUCAUAUUGGUGCUAACCUACAGGUCAUUUUUAUCAGAAGAUCAACAAGCAAAUCUGUUGCUAGCUGUGAAUUGCACUUCUGAAAAUCAUUUCCAUUGCCUAGUGAGUCUGCACUGGAAGAAAAAUAACAAUCUGCUUGCAUAAAGUUUGCUUUUGACCGUGAUAGUGAAUUGGAGAAAAACACCAGGCUAUUGUUCUAUUCAUUGGCUGCAAAAGUUAAUCUGUUGUUCAUGUAAGAAAGUUCAACUAUACAAGACACUGAGCAGCAGGUGCCGAAAAGGUAGCAGUACUAAGCAGUACUAAGUGAUACAAAUGUCUCAGAAUAAAACUUGGGUAUUUUUUUCAAGUUAUACCUGGAACUUCUGCAUUGUUUUCUGUUCAGAAAACAAAUAUUAAUGCAUUCUGUGUUCUGAGCUAAUCUAUCCCUGGCUCUUUGUUCAGAGAGAGAAACACUGGAGAAAACUCAUUUAAUUAAAGAGGGUCCUAUGCCCAGCCUGCCCGUGUGUUUCUGAAUUACUUGUCAAUAUUAGACCCCUACAGCAGGUCUUACUAAUAUGCACUUGCUAGUCUAUGUAAAACCAGACCAGUGCAGCAGUCUAGCAGGUACACUCCUCACUGACAUGGUUUGUGUAUCUAGUUUUGUAUCUUUACAGUUUUGUUUUCUUUAGGUUAGACACAGAAUUGUAGCUUCUAUCUUUCUCUUUAGGGUAUUGUGUUGGAGUCUUCCAGAGUCUCUUUCUAAUUGUGUUUUGCUAGCUUAAAUCUGGCAGUGAAAGAAUCACAUUACUUCUAUAAGGGAUCUCAUUUUGUCUCAGUGACAGGCAACUACACGAGCAGCUGUGGGGUCAAAAAGCUGAACAAACUGACAGCAAACCUCACUUGAACAGAGAUCUUGCAGUUUAAUUAGUUCCCCCCCAAGCCAUCUAAUAAUCUUAGUCAAAACAAGAUUAAUUUUCAAGGUAAAAUGCUAAAAUCUCAAUCAUUCCAUUUAAGAAAUACCUACUCCCACUUCCCUCAGAACUUAGCAUCUAAUACUUGUGUCUUAUUUUGAUCCUCUCAAUUGUCAUAAUGUUCAGUAGUACCAUAAUAUGCUUUCCAACCAUAAACAUAAUUACUAUACUAUGAAAGGGGAGUGCCAUGCAGCUGAGUCUCUUGUUCUUUUACUUGUCUUCAUGUUUUUCAAAGGAAGAUACAGGAGCAUCCAUUUAGAUAAUUAUGGGCAAUUUAUCCCAAAAUAGUGAGGAUUUUUUUUGUUUAUUGAUCUGAUUCCGGGUUAAGACCUAAACUACAAAAGCUUAGUUACAGAAGGGGAGACAGUGUUAUGCCAGCUGUUCUCAGAACCUGUCUUCUAUCGAGUUUGUUGAUGGCAGCUGUACAUUCUCAAAAGUUAUACUUGCCUUUCUUCCGUCUCAGAAAUCUCCAUCAUUUUUCGGCUUUCAUGAGUCUCAUAAGUCUAUAGACAUCUGCUUUUUUAACCUGCUUUGAAUCCACUGGGGUUGAACCUGUCGUAGACAAUUUUGACAACUUUCACAGAUAGAUGAAACAGGACAAAAUAUACAAGCAAUCCAUUAUACAUCGACUGGUGUUUGCCUUUAUAGAUAGACUAUUGAUAACCAUUCACUGAUUCACAUUCUUAUCUGGAGCAAACUGUUUAGCAUCCUACUCCAACAGAAACAAACUACACAACAGGUUUAUCUUCUAAGGAUGUUUUUCUGUUUGCUAUUCUGGGAUGGGACUCUCCAUGUCUGCAUAAAGUCUGAAAUGCAGGAUAAAUCUGCAUUUCUGUUUCAUGGAUAAAGAUCUAUCAGUCUCUAAAGAAGGAUCCUGCUUCUCUUUCUUCCUACUAGAAAGGGGAUUUCUGAAACCUUUAAUAGCACAGUAGUAAGCGGUUGCAUGUUUUGUGCCAGCCUGUGGCAGAGGAAGGCAAAUUACAAGUUGUAGCUACUCGUGUAUAACCUGCUGUGACAUCUAGAAGCGGCUACCCAUUACUGCAGUCUAGAAGUGAGGAUUACUUUGUCCUGUGCAUUUUACUCUGAGAACACUCCCUUCUUACUCAGGCUCUUUGAAGUUUUUUGGGUUUUUUAUUAGUCUGAAGACUCCAAAGGAAAAAAAAAAAUUAUUUCAAGUGCUAGUUCUCAGUCGCUGUCCAUCGAGAAAGUUGGAAUUUGUCUAAAAACAGAAAUCUGGGUUUUUUUGUACAUAAUGCACAGCUUAUUUCAUCUUGCAGGUAGGCAGUGUGUGACCAGUCAGGGCAUUUUCUUUAAUCUACCUCUAAUUGAUUUGUUCUUUUGUUAAAUUAGCUCAGUCGUACUUCACUUCGUCAGCCUGCACAUAACUAGCCUGCUUUUUUCUGUAAGCACCUAAUGAAUCCAUCUGCCCACUUGAUCUUCAUAUUCAUUGGCAACUUCCUCUAAUAGGUCAUAAGAUUUCUUAAAUAGUCACAAAUCCAUGUCAUAUGCUUGCUUUUCUCUAUUUGAAAUAUCUUACUAGGAACAAAUCAGGACAAGUGGGCAUUCAGAUCUGUCAGAUAAACAUCUUGAUGAUUUUGCUCUGAUACUCAGUAGAGAAUCACAGAAAGAGGGCUGAAAGGGAUGUUGGGAAGUAAUCAAAGUCCCAGCCCAUCUAUAGGCAAAAUUCACUAUAGCUGUAACAUCCAGUUGCACAUGUUAUGGAUAUAGGGGGUGACAAGAGAAUACUUUUAUUUAUAUUUUUAUUGUCAGAGAUUUGGAAUGUAUAAUUUUCUAUAUCUUAGGAAGAUGGUAGGAAGGACUUAGAAUUAAUUGUUGCUUUCAGUUUUGGAUUUACAGCUACUCUCUAGGAUUAUUUUAAAGCAACAUAAAGGAUGGUUUAAAUUAUAUUGAGUUGUCAGUGAAGUAAGGAUGGCAAUACAUCCAGAGUCAUAUCAUUGUGUUUGCUGCCUACUACUACCUUGGCAUCUGAUUGUGCCAACAGGAGAGAGGCUGUAAUAGAGAUGGGAAAUUUUGAAUGCGAAUGAAUCUCUAACUGCUUCCUACAUCAGAAUCACAAGGUGUUCUGGAGAAUCCAAGCCAUAAUGUUGGGGCCAAGGUGGCAAGAUUGUUUAGACUUCUCCCCAUCCAUGCUUAAAACACCAAAACCGAAAAACCUAAAAUGCCACUCUUAAAAAUUCAGAAUGCAUGUCCAGUUUUGCCAGAGUGUAUCCAGAUGCUGUUUCUUGGUAUAUUAUUGCAUAUAAUCAAUUAAGGCUGAAGCAUAAAAGCUAAAAUUUUAGAAUUUCACACCUUGUGUACCUACUCCUGGCAGAGCAAAACAUUGCAGUCUUGGGCAUCCAUGCCUAUUUAGAUUGUCAUGCUUCAAUAAGCAUAAAAUUAAAUGAGGGUGAAGGAAAAACUGUUUAGAUAAAACUGUUGGGCUUCUUCAGUGUCAGAAAGACCACAUUCCUUCACCAAAAUGCUUGCACGUGACAUCCGCGUUUAGAAAUCUGGUCUCUGAUCUAACCAAAACAGCCCAAGCAAAGGUUGGCUGCUAUUUUCACUCUAUGCAAAUCUACAAGAUUCCCAGAUUUGUAUUCAGGCUCUCCCUGAAAUUUCCACUGUAACUAAAAAAAAAAAUAAAAGGAACACUCCACGUGAGGGCUGCACCAAAGGUGGAAAUGUGAGGGGCCUAGUGACAAUGUGUUUUUCGGAAGUGAGAGGUCCGAACUGUAGCUCCAGAAAUUGUGAGAGAUCUGCCUGCCUGCAAAUACUGCUUUUUGUAGUGUGAGUGAAAGACAGAAUCAACUAAUGUGAAGCGGAGGAGGAAUUUAGCCCCAUAAAUCUAAAAUCACAUUGCAGGUAACCCAGCUGCCUGAUACUAGGGGUCUAUAUUGCAAACACCUCUAUUUAAAUAUCUUGAGGAGCAUAGAGCUGUGUCUGUGGGCAGGUACAGAGCCAUCCUGGUUGCAGUAGUCAAUGUGUAUCUCACUAUUUUGUCCUACAGGCUCCAGAAAUGUAGUGUCCUUCUACCUAGGCCUCUUGAGAGUCCUUCAGCAAGCCCAGGAUGUGCCAGCAUGACCAGCCUUUCACAGGCUAGGGCUGUGGCCCUUUGCGGGUGUCUCAAGAACAGAGAGGUCCUGCCCUGACUUCCUACUUAGCCUGUGGCAUCCUCAAACCCACAGGAGUGCCCCGUCUGGCGGGAGGUAGCCAACCUCCAUCUCCUGGAGAUGUAAGUAGGCGACUGUGUGGCUCAUCUUUUCCCACUAGAGUUGCUCCGCAAUACAGCAAAGGAUUCACAAUUCAUUUGGAAAGAGGUGAGAGGGACCGUGAGGCUACAGCCCUAGUGUUGUAUUUGUCCCCUGCACUUGGUCUGGAAGCUCUGGUGUCUGCUUCUGAGACCAGGAAUUAGGUGUUUAUGUGCCUUUGAGAGAUGGAUCCAGGCCUCAGUCUCUUGGAGAGCUUUAAUGCAAACUGUUCCUGGAGGAAUGGAGGUCUGAAACCAUUUUCCUGCCAAUCCACAGAUGCUAUUAUCAUUGCUUAAAAAAAAACCCAAAAGAUUCAAAUAUAGCAUAACAUCUGUUUGCCUUCUUCUAAUGUCAGGCGAUCUAAAAGCACCUUAAGAUUUGUCCGUUCAUAUUUUCUUGAGUUAUUGCUCAUUUCUGUCCCAACUAAACACAAAAAGGUGUUCACCCUCUUAAACCAUAGCUCGGAAUAGAACAGUUUAAGUAUGGAAAUCCAAAUUUCAGCUUAUGGUUUAUUCAGAAAUAUACCCAUGGAACUCAAUUCCUUCAGUGUUUUCUAGAACACUUUACAAAGCCAGGUUCAUGGCAAAUUAAUAGGAUUUGUAUUCUUACAAAUCCUAUUGUCUAAACUUUGAGUAAGAUAACAUGCUCUGGACUGCAAAAAUGCUAUGCCUUUCUAACUCUUGGAAAGACAAAAAGUGCAAAACUUAGGGGUUUUUUUAAGGGAAAAACUUCAAUAGGUCCUAUCUUAGAUUAAUUUCUAAUGAGAGAUGGAAGAGCAUCUUUUCCUUUUAAUAGUGGAAGUUUAGAAUUGGGCAUUACAGAUUAUUUAGUGAGAACUGAAGUUAAAAAUAACACAAAUAUUUGCAGGGGCAGUAAGACACACUGAUCUGUAGCAAACAAAGAGAUUUCUGGUUCGGCUUCUGAGUCCUUUCUUCUCAGGGUGUCAGCUGGCAGUUUGGCUGUGUAGAAAUCUGAGGACAAGAAUGCCAUUUGCAAGAGAAGUGAGCUUUUGCAACUAAAAUGGGAUAAACCCCAAAUGCAUGAAAGGAUGUUCCAUGUCUGUAUUAAUUUUUGUUAUAAACAUAUUUUUUAGGAAAAGGCCUCAUUCUUGCUACCUCUUUGGCAAAUUCUUUCAUUACCUUUGAUAUACAAUACGUGUGGCUUCCUCAUUGUGACAAAUUCUCAUCAAACUAAAACUCAUAACACAGAUGAUAGAAUUUUUUAACUUUCCAUUGGCUGAUCGGAAAUUGCCUUCAAGUUCCAAAGACAUUUUGAAUACAAAGAUAGUGAAUAAAACUGGUCAGAAAUUCAUACUGUGUAAAAACACAAUGUCAGAGAAGCAUUUACCAGAAAAGAAGUUUGGUGUUAGACUUUAUGGCUGUUAUUUGUUAAUGUAUAAUACAAUUAUUGCUGUAUCUCAUCUGUAUGGUACAUAGAGCAGAAGGACAGAAAGAAAAAGCAUGACAUUGCAGUGUAUGGGGUUGGAAGGAACCUUUGGAGAUCGUCUGGUCUAAACCCCCUGCUGAAGCAGAGUCACCUAGAGCAGGUUGCCCAGGACCACAUCUGGUCGGGUUUUCAGUAUCUCCAAGGAUGGAGACGCCACAAACAUUCUGGGCAACCUGUGCCAGGGUUCAACCACCCUCACAGUAAAGAAGAGUUUUCUUGUGUUCAAGUAGAAUUUCCUGUGUUUCAGCUUGAGCCCGUUGCCUCUCAUCCUGUCACUGGGCACCACUGAGAAGAGUCUGGCUCCAUCAGGUGUUUACUCCCCCCCAUCAAGUAUUUAUAUAUGUGGAUCAGAUCCUUCCUGAGCCGUCUCUUCUCCAGACUGAACAGUCCCAGUGCUCGCAGCAACUCCUUGUGUGAGAAAUGCUCCUGUUCCUUAAUCAUCUUCAUUUGCUGGAUGCACUGCAGCGUGUCCAUGUCUCUCUUGUAUUGGGGAGCCCAGCUUUGGACCCAAUACUCCAGAUGUGUCUCACCAAGGCUGAGCGGAGGGGAAGGAUCACCUCCCUUGACCUGCUGGCAAUGAUCUUCCUAAUGCAGAGCAGGAAGCUGUUGGCCUUCUUUUCCAAAAGGCAUAUUUUUGGCUCAUGGGCAACUUGUCCACCAGGACCACCAGUGCCUUUUCUGCCAAGCUGCUUUCCAGCCAGUCAGCCCCCAACCUGUCCUGGUGUCUGGAGUCAUUCCUCCCCAGGUGCAGGACUUUGCACUUCCCUUUUUGAACUUCAUGAGGUUCCUCUGUGCCCACUUCUCCAACCUGUUGAGGUCCCUCUGGCAUCACAACUCUCUGAUAUAUCAACCAUUCCUCCUCAUUUUGUAUUGUCUGCAAACUUGCAGAGGGUGCGCUCUGCUUCAUCAUCCAGGUCAUUAAUGAAGAUGUUAGUUUUGGACCCAGUAUCAACCCUUGGGGAACCCCACUAGUUGAUACCAACCCUCUGAGCCCAGCAAUUCAGCCAGUUUUCAGUCCACCUCCCUGUCCAGCUUUCUAGUCCAAACUUCAUGUAUCCAUCUGAAUUCAAGUUCAUGGCUUGGGGCUGACAUUAAGAAUGGCAUUUAAGCAAUCUUAGCUCAGGGAGGGGGGAAUCAUUCUCAGGUCUUGAAUCUGAAUCCCCAAGUUUAUUUUCUAGUGUAGAUAUACAGAUAUUGGCGCUCUCAAUAUAUAUCGGAGGAAGUUCUUCACUAAGCAACAGCAGUUUAUGUAAUUUUAAAGCAACUCCCAAAGCUUUUGCAAAAAUGUAUUUUAAACAUCUAACAGACACAGAAAUCCAUAGUAUAAAUAUAGGCUUGACAAAGUAUUUUACAAUGAUAUAAAAUUUCAGACAGUCCUGUUUUACUGGACAUGUUGUUUAUAAUAUAUGAAAUAGAUAAGUGUUGUACUUUUCCUUGCACAAAACCACAUGCCUAUACAUAUAAAUAUUGUUAUUUUAUUUUAAAAUGGAAAUGUUUAAAAUCAGUUACAUCUUAGGAUAUAAGAACAAAUUUCCUCUGACUGCCUCUUCUUAAUGUUACAUGCAAAAUCACCGUAAUAUAUCUAUUUUGUGAACGUUAAAUGCAAUUCCAUGAAAAUGGCAUGAGAAUCCAUAUUUGUCAUUCAGCUAUUUCCACUGCAUUGUGGUCAGUUUGUUAUUAAGAACAUUUUUUUUUUAUGUUGAGAGUAAAACUCUAAUCUCACCUUGUCCCUGCUGAAGUUAAAGCACACAUUGACCUGAAUCCUACUCAGAGAAUCAAGGUGUUCAAAAAUCAUUAACAGUAAAUCUCCAUAGUUCAGAUUUGUCCCUAGUUAGCUAGUUAUUUGGCUUCAGUGGAUUAGCCAAGAAGUAACUGAUCAAAGGUUAGCAAACAGGCAUAAUAACAUCUCAGAAGAAUACGAACGAUAGGGGUGCUGGCUCCUACAGAAUGCAUAGAAAUAGAAGUCAGCAAAAACGUAUUAAAAUACAUUUAUAUAUAAUAUAAAUAUAGUAAUAUGCUUAUAUAUUAUACUAUAUAAUAUCAGUAUAAUAAUUUAUAUCUUAAUGAAUUUUUAUGAAAUCAAAAGACACUUGAUGUUAUGGAGGUGAAAAAAAAUCAGUUCCUUCAUUAUCAGUUGGUGACUAUUAAACAUAGUUUUGAUUGCAACCCCUAGCACAUGAAGCCCACCCCUCCAAAAAAAAAAAAAAAAACAACCUAUUGGAAGCUCAGUUAAUGAAAUAAAUAUUUAAUUGCUCUAUUUUUGUAUUUUUUUUCCUAAGCCUCCACCAGUGGUCAUUGUUGGAGACAGGGUACUAAGUUAAAUGGAGUUCAGACACAACCCAUUUAAGUUAAGUUUGAAGAACAGACUGGUGUGUUUUGAGCAUUAUGGACUUUUUAUUUGUUUAUUUUUAGUUCUAUUUUUUGAUUUCAUCAAACUGAAGAGAACCCAAAAAGGAGUGAGGAAAUGAUAGGAGCAGAAAAGAACAGUGCCAGAGUUUGCAGAAAAGUUAUAGAAAACUGUCAUAGACAGACUAUGCAGCUCUCUACCAGAGUUUGAAAAGCUACCACAGUAUGAUCUGUUUGGAGAGAAAAAAAAAAGCAUUAAUAAAAAGAAGUUUUUCAUGCA